AUGAAGAGCCGCCUGGAGGAGAUCUCGGCCGUGGAGGACACGAUCGGGAUCCUCAACAGCGACGAGGCAUUCGCCAACUUCGACAAGACCACCAGGGGCUUCGUCGAGGACCAGAAGUUCGUCGAGCAGAGCUCAGCCCUCGUGCAGACUUCCUCGAGAAGGGCGCGCGAGGCGACGUCAGCCAUGCUGCGCGCCCGCGCGGUGGACGUGCUGAGGAAGGCGGCGGGCCAGACGGGCCUUCCCGAGCUGGCCCUCAUCGCGGCCUCGGCGGAGAUCGAUGAGUUCACGAAGGUAAAGGGGCUGAUCGACAAGCUCGUGGCGGAGCUGAAGGCGCAGCAGCUGGACGAGGUGAAGAUGCGCGACUGGUGCAUCGACGAGUUCGCCACCAACAAAGAGGAGACCCAGGCGGGGGACCACAAGAUGUCGAACCUCCAGCAGAAGAAGAAGGACCUGGAGGCCCGCAUCGAAGAGCUGUCGGAGAAGAUCCAGCAGAUCAUCGAGAAGAUGGCGGAGUCGCAGAAGCAGAUGGGCCUCGCCUCCGACAACCGCGAGUCCGAGGCAGCGGACCUGGCGACCACGAUCCAGGACCAGCGCCUCACGCAGCUCAUCCUCGACCGCGCGCUCAAGCGCAUGAAGGAGGUCUACGCCUUCAUGCAGCAGCAGCCUGGCGCCGCGCACAUCGCCACCUCGGGCACGCACACGGACGCCGGGAACGGGCCCGCGCGCUUCACGAAGUACGGCCAGAACGCCGGUGGCGCGCGUGUCGUCAGCCUGCUCCAGAUCGUCAUCGCCGACAGCCAGAAGCUGGAGGACGAGGCGCUGACCCAGGACCUCGACUCGCAGACCGAGUACGAGGACUUCAUGAAGGCGUCGAAUGCGGAGCUGGCCCACGACCUGUCGACCAAGGCGAGCAUGGAGGAGGCCCUCGCGAAGGCCAAGAAGGAUCUCGUUGCGACCAAGGAGGACAUCAUGGACACGCUGAAGGUGCUUGAGGGGCUCAGCGCCUACAAGGGUGACCUGCACAAGAGCUGCGACUUCAUCGCGAAGAACUUCGAGGCGCGGCAGGCGGCCAGGCAGGCGGAGAUGGAGGCCCUCGCGGAGGCCAAGGCCAUCCUGAGCGGCAUGGGCCGGCACACCCUCGAGAGUGAGCCGCGCUGGGGCGAGGCGCCGUCCGUCGCCGCGUGCGCCCCUCGGGCCCGCGUGCUCCUCGGUGCACGCUUUUGGGGUAGGGCCUGCCUCGGGGCCCCCGCGGAGGCCGAGACACUACUCGGGGCGCUGCUUCUGCUGGUGACCUUGCCUUGCUCCGUCGUGGCCAAGGCCUCCCGGCUGCGCUCCGACGCCGCCGACCAGCUGGGCGGCCGGCCUGUGGCCAAGAUCGUGCGCAUGCUGCAGGACGUGCAGGCCGAGCUGACGAAGGAGAUGGAAGACGACAAGGCCGUCUUCGCCUCCCUCGGGUGCUGGUGCAAGACCAACGAGGAGGAGAAGACAAAGGCCAUCGAGGUCGGGCAGGCCACCAUCGCCUCCCUCGAGGCCUCCAUAGGGGCAGACCUCGCGAAGAUCAAGGAGCUCGAGACGAAGCGAAAGGCCACGAUGGACGAGCUCUACGCAGACCAGAAGGCGCUGGACCAGGCGACGGAGCUUCGGAUGCAAGAGAACAAGGCCUUCCACCAGACGGAGACGGAGUUCUUAGAGGCGAUCGGCGCCUGCAAGGGUGCCAUCCAGGUGCUCGGCGUGCACCAGGCCGACCUGGCGCAGGUGCAGGCGAUCGCGAAGUCCCUCCGGAGGGCCCGCGUCCAGGACCUCGCGCUCACCGCCUUCGCCGCGGGCCACGCCGCCUCCGCCCACACUCGCGCCAAGGUGCUCGCCGAGUUCCUGGACACCGCCGAGAAGGGCAAUCGCCAGGAGACCACGACAAUGGCGUUUCUGUCGAUCCCGGGCUACAGCAGCUACAAGCCGCAAAGUUCCCAGAUCUACGGCAUCCUGGAGCAGAUGUUGGUGGACUUCAAGUCCAACCUUGCAAACGAGCAAGCUUCCGAGAAGAAGAGUGUGGAGAAUUUCGAAGCACUCAAGGCCGCGAAGUUGGACGAGAUCGCGGCUGGCAACAAGCUGGUCUCCGACAUCGACGCCACAGUCGCGGGACUGAAGGAGAAGAACGCUCAGGAGCUGAAGGAGUUGGCAGAUACCGAGGAGCAGCUGAGCAUGGACCAGGCGUUCUUGGCUGACCUGCAGCAGAAGUGCGCCGCCUCCGACGCGGAGUUCGAGAGCCGCACGAAGAGCCGCCUGGACGAGAUAGCCGCGGUGGAGGACACGAUCAAGAUCCUCAACAGCGACGAGUCCUUCGCGAACUUCGAGAAGACCACGAAGGGCUUCGUGGAGGGCCAGAAGUUCGUCGAGGCGACCUCGUUCCUCCAGGAGUCCUCCAGCCAGGAGGCGGCGCAGCGGAUGCGGGUCGCGGCCCUGCUGCGGAAGGCGGCGGGCGGCAGCAGCUCCGCCCAGCUGGCGCUCCUCGCUGCGUCGGCAGAGAUCGACGCCUUCACCAAGGUGAAGGAGGAGAUCGACAAGCUCAUCGCGGAGCUCAAGGCGCAGCAGUCCGACGAGGUGAAGAUGCGCGACUGGUGCAUCGACGAGUUCGCCACCAACAAGGACGAGACGCAGACUGGCGACCACAAGAUGUCCAACCUGCAGCAGAAAGAGAAGGACCUGGAGGCCCGGAUCGAGGAGCUGACCUCGAAGAUCCAGGUGAUCACGGAGGAGAUGGCAGAGUCGCAGAAGCAGAUGGGGCGCGCUUCCGACAAUCGCGAGACAGAGGCGGCGGAGCUCGCCGAGACCAUCCAG